CGGGUUGUGCAUUGCAUGGAGGCUUUCAGACGAGGCCGCCACCAUGACUGAAGGAAGUUGUGAUGGAUUUGACAUUGCCAGCGAAUCCUUGCUGCCCAUUAAUGGUGAAGAGGGAAGGACGCAGGGACUCGGAUGAAAUAUGUCGAGCAGCAAACAUUCAAAAUUACAAGAAAAAGAGUACAUGAUAUUUUGAGAAGCUGAUGGGAACGAGGAGUUUGUGGCUGUCGUUGAAUGAGAGAAACGGAUAUGGGAGCACUGGGUAGGCGCGGAAGCACGUCGAGGGGGAUGUUGGGAAGGAUGGAGAACGUCUUCCCUUUGGAGACAUGGCUGGGUCAUUCAGAAGAUGAUAUCUUCUUGAGGGCACCCAGAGGUGGGGGUGUAGAAGGCGGAGGACUGAUGUUGGGUGGUGGCACAUCAGCUGCCGCCGAGACAGCCAAGGCGUGGGCGGUUGUCCGAAGUUUCAGCAAGCAAGAUGAAGACCACAGGAGGAGUAAGGGGAGGAGGAUUACAGAUGGCAGUGACAGCAAUCGCAGCGGGAGCAACAGCAGCAUGACUGGCUCUUUGCUGCUGAAGAAAGCGGUUGGCGAUGUGUUAAUGGCAUUGCAUGGGCUUCGGCGGAAUCGUUUCUUCAUUCCAAUAGGCAACGGGGAGGCUGAAGUUCUGGUCGGCCUCCUCCGGGGCAGCCUGGUGGGAGCGGAUGGAGGCAGCAGCAGCAGCAGCAGGAGGGUAGCGAUGGGAACGUCUCAUGAGCUGGCUGAGGUCCAAGAGUGUUGUCUUCUAUUGCUGCAUGUGUGGGUCCGGCGAGCUGCAGUCAAUCGGCGCGCAGAUGGGUCUUUUGUGGUCACAUCUCUGCCGACUUCCUGCCUGCAUGCUGCUGUUGAAGCUGCGCGGCUAGUGCUCCGCCACGCAGAGGGACCCGAAGAGGUGAAUCAAGGCGGCAGGAGCACAGCAGCAGCAAUGCUGUUUCUAGGGGGAGUGAGCACUGCGGGUCGUUUCUGUACCAAGGAGCUGCGCCAAGCAUGCCAGUCUGCAGUUGUGGAAGCAAUGCGCAUGCGUCCUGCAUCAAUUCUGCGGAGCGGGAAGCUUCCAGUCGCGCUGUCGGGGGUGGGUUAUCUCCUGUAUGAAGCGCACGGGCAAGCCUUGGAGUCGUUGGUCAGAGCCCUUGUUUCGCUUUGGAGCAGCAGCAGGAGGAGCCAGGGCGGCACCAGCGCCAUCGGGACUGCCAAGAGUGAAGACGAUAGACGAGCAGAUGAGCAGACAUGGCGGCCAUCUUUGGAGGAAGGCAGGCUCGUCUGUCGAUUGCUGGAAUACGAGGGCGUGGUCAUCCAACGGCGUGCAAGGGCUCAGAGGAGCCUCAAUCAACGGAUGAUCGGUCUUGCUGAUGCCAGGGUGUUGGCAAAGCUUGUCUCGGCGGCAGUUAGGUGCGAAAACUGUGGAGACAUCAUUCUUGGCGUAGCAGAGGAGGAGGAAGAGAGGGGAAGGAAGACUAGGAGGACGGGAAACGGACAGAGUUUCGGGGAAGACGAGAUUCUUGCUGUGCGUUGCGCAAGUGCGAUGGCCCUUGCAGGAUUGCUGAGGGGGUUUCGGAACGGAGUGGAUGCCAGAUCAACAAGGUCCCAAGCUGCUGCUGCUGCUGCUGCUUUAGCCCCCCACCCCCAUCAUACCAGGCACAGUCAACAGGAUGCCCGUGGAGGCCUUCGCCAUCAACCAGCAGGGUGGGAAAAGUUAUCCGACUGGGAUAUGGUAGCGUUCACUCUUGAAGAUUCCCUGAGGUGGGUGGCCGACGAAGCUGCUUCUACAUCUCUUAUCUCCGUUGGCCACGUGAGAGCAGGAGCAGCCACAGGUGGAUUGGCACGGACGUCGACACCGAGGAUUGCUGGAUCUGGUAUGCAGACGAGGUUGCCAUUGGCUAGUUGUCCUUCCCCGGAGGAGACUCAGUUGUCGUCAACAAUAAGUCGUUCGCAAGAUGCCCGCAAUAGCUGCUGCCAGAGCUGCGGGGAUCCCCUCACGCUGAUGGGAGUGCGCGAGGGGAGUGUCGAGCUUGGACGGCAGCGAUGCUGGAGACGUUUUGUAGCGUAUGCAUGCACUCUCUAUUCAGCGGGCGACGCUGGAUCGGGUCUGCGAUUUACGCCUGCAAUCGCCGACCUUCUGACGUGGUUCUUGUUGGAAGAAUGUUUGUGUGGUUUAGAUUGGAGGCUGCAGAAGGCGGCCAAUACUAUGGUGAACCACCCACUGGGUCUUCAACGUUGUCAACAAUGCGGAAGUAAUGCGGUGAGGAGAGCGGGGAGGAAGUACGUGGAAGGACAAGAAGGAGGGAAUGCCAAGGGGGGCAAAUGGAUGGCAAUGACCAAUAGCUUUGAAGAGGAUUUGCGACAGCACGUCGCAGGUCUGGUAUUCAGGGAGGCCGGUGUGGUGACCCGAGCGCUCUGUGAGCAGUACAGGCAGGUGGACAGCGAUGUGGGAACACAGAAGAGGAUCGUCACGAAGAUGAUGGCAUACGCGCAAGGUCUACACAAAGGGCUGAGACUGUAUUAUGGACUCCAACAUGCAGCAGCACAAGAGGGACUCAUGGGGGUGGAGCAAGAGGAGAGAGAGGGGGCGCCGUGGAGAAGUCUGGGGGAAGGCCCGAGGCAGAAGGGUGAGAUGGCGGCUGGGCUAAGGAAACUUCUGGAAGCAAGCUUUCUGGCAGUAAGUGUGGUGUUUGAACGGGCCUUUGUCCAGAGUGAUGAGUGGGGUCACCCUGCGAAUAAGCAUGUGGCAACCAACAAGAAAUAUGGUGAUGAACCGGAAAGGAAAACAGGGACCUGGUGCAGGGUAGGAACUUCAGAUAUGGCGGCCGAGGCCCUAGAUGCCCUUUCUUGUAUGGAGUUCUUCCGGGUCUAUUAUGGUGGCUACAAGGACCUGGUGCAGCGUCUUUUUGAUGUCGUUACGUGCGAGCAACAACAUGGUCUUGACGACAAGGAUGAUGCCGAGCAAGACGUACGCCGAGGAGGAGUAGGGAUGUUGAUGUCCUUGUUUCCUUCCUAUAAGGAGACGGUGGAUUGGCCUGGGUGGAUGGAGCUUGUGUCGCCGGUCAGGGCCGUAAAGUGGACCGAAGACUUGCCACACUCUGCACGUGUUGUCUUCUAUAUGCAGGUGCUGGCCCAAUGCAUGGAGAUGGAAAUCGAUGUCUUUGCCGAUAGGAUUGCUCCUACGGUAUUCCUCUACCUACAUCAUCCUCGUAAGCAAAUGGCGAUGGCUGCCCAUCAGCUGUUCUCUUCCUUCCUUCAGUGGGGGCGUUCUGUUCCUCCUGCUCCUCCUCCUCUUGCACUUAGCAGCAGCAAGGAAGUAGAAAGUGAUCGCAGCGUCGUCCAUGUCGAGUCUUUGUCUUGCGAGAAUGACACAUGUAUAAAGGAUGCAGGAGAUAAGCGAGGUGAGGGACGAGGCGGGGAGGGCAAGGCUGAACGGAAAAGUGUUAGUGAGGCAAUGGCCCUAGUUGAUUUUGGCGGCCAGGUGAUACCAGCCGGCCACGCACACCAUGGAGUGGAGGGAGAUCCUGCUUUCUCUCUCAAGGAGCAACUAGCUGGAUACUAUGUUACCAGGGCAUUGGAGGGCCUACAUUUUCAUGUCACUCCUUAUGAGGGACUGACGAUCGGAUAUGCCUCCAUUGUUCGGCAUCUGCCGGCAGGCAGUCUCGUGAUUGUAGAGUCUCUCAGGCGGUUAGUCUGUGAGGCAGCGGUGACGGCGAAGUCGAGUUUCAACGAGCGAGGUACGGGGUCUGAACAGGUGGCGGGAUGGCUAGCCCGCCAACCACCGGGCCGUAAUAAUCACCUGCAGCCAGAGGGUGGUGGUGUUCAGCAGCAGAAGGACAGCAAGAAUCAUCGUGCUGGUCUUGCAGACACCGGCAUGGCGGGGAAGCAACAAGCGGGCACGGAACUGAAGGACGGGGUGGAGGAAGAGGAAGGGAAUGACAUGGAGGUAGGAGGAGGUGUGAAACUUGAGCUGCCUGCCUUCUUGCAAGCUUUGGUCUUCGUGUUGGUUCCGCUUGUUGAUGUGCAUGUGCUCCCUGGAUAUCUGGCUAUGGUGUCUUCGCUUGUGGAAGAGAUGGCUGAGCCUUCGUGGCAGGCAGCGGCCUUGGCAGAGCUAUUUGGAGCUGUGACGGACUCGCACGACUACACCAGGAAACCAGUGCUCGUAGAAUGGUACUUACGUUUGAAGCACAAGGUAGGCCGCCAGCGGGAGAAGGGAGCGAAAGCAGGACGUUCCGGAGUGUCUUUGGCCGCGACAGACAGUGGAGAUUUGAGGGAAGCCCACAACAGUGGCAUUGAGGUGGCGGUACUGUCCAAGCUCUGACUGACGUCCGGAGAUACCUGGCGACUGUUUGAUUGAUUGAUUGGUAACGUGGCAGGAUCAGAGGUAUGGGCCCAGUGUUGGUUGGCAUAGGGCCUCGCUCCACCACUCACUCAGCAAAUGUGCAAAACGAGAGUGAAUCUUCCUCUAGAACAUGGAAAGAUGCACCGCCAUAAUUUUUGUGUUUUGUGCAUGUGGUGACUGGUGGUGUGAGGCCCAUGCUGAUCCCCUCUUUGUUCACUGUCGAAGAGGAUCAGGGUGGCUGUAGUGCUUGCAGGAGAGGCGACUGUGAAGCUGAAGGAGUGGAGGAGGAGCUGCACAUCCUGUGUUGCUGCCAACCAAUGGGUUGAGGUGAUUCACGUAGUUGAAUUUGGAGACAGACAAUGGUGAAACAGUGCGCAAUUUGGCUGAGGACGGCACAGCACAGGUAUGAGUACAAGAGAUUGUUUGUGUACAUUACGCCUUGAGCAUCAG